AUCAUCAUCGUCACGUGCGAUUUUUGCAAACGAAAGUACAAAACUGCAAACUCCUGUUCAAGUUUGAGGUCUAACUCAGCUUCCAAUUCUUACACUGUUAUGGAUUCUUCUUCUUCUACCCAGUUUGAAAAUUUUGUAGCUUCCUUGGUUGCUCAUGCAAGUCACAUACAGGAGCAAUUUGUAACUGAGGUUACCGAGAAUUAUGAGACAACAUGCUGGGGUUGUGGACUGCGUGUUUUGCUUCCAUCAUGUGCGUCCGCUUUCAAAUGUGGAUGGUGUGGGGCCAUUACAGACCAGAACAAAAAGAAACCUAACCUGAAGUGCAUCAGGUGGAGAGUGGUGCGUGAUCGAUGCUUUGUUUCUGUUGUCCUCGUAUUUAUGUUUUUUGUAAUAUUUGGUGGGGUGUGGGCAGUUUAUCCUGUUGUCUUUUCUGUCAGUAUUCUUUGUGGAGUUUUUCACUCAAUCAUUACAGCAAUCUUGUCCGUAGCCACCAUUUCCUUUUUCAGCUUUGCAGCAUUUAGGUGUGCUGGCACACCACCAAAUAUAUUAUGGGGAAGCUACCCCACUGUAGGGAAAAGUGACCUUGAAAAUUAUACUUACUGUCACUACUGCUCAAAGCCAAAGUCACCUAGAGCUCAUCAUUGUCGUUCUUGUAGAAAAUGCGUCCUGGACAUGGAUCAUCACUGCCCAUUUAUUGGGAACUGUGUUGGUGCAGCUAAUCACCGGAGCUUCAUUGCCUUCCUCAUUUCUGCAGUUUUGAGUACAAUCUAUGUCUCUAUCAUGUCAGUAUAUUCAGGCUUGCGUACAUGGCCACCAUUGAAGUACUCUCUUGGGCACAUUAACGGGGUUAGUAGCAGCGAACUGGCAUGGAGAAUCAUGAAUGAAAUUGUUGUUGCAUUCAUGAGAUCUGCCCUGCUUCUUUCCUCUAGGGGACUCAUUCUUGCUUAUCUUUUCAUUGCAAGUGUUUCAUUGCAGAUAGGAUUGAGCGUUCUUUUAUGGCAGCAGCUCUCCUAUAUAUACCAGGGGAAAACUUAUUUGAGUCACUUGAGCUCACAAGCAGAUAGUGAAGAAGAAAAAAAAGAUUGCCAAAAUCUUGUUACAUUUUUUAGUCUUCAAUAUUUUGUAACUAGAUUUUUGCCAACCUUCCGUGUUACUCGAAAGAAACACAUCAAAUGAUACAGUCAUGUUUUGAAGUCAAUUACUUUGGCACGUUUUGACAAUUUGUAUCGAAGUAUAAUUGGAUAUUUUCAAAAGAAGAUCACUUCAACUGUAUA